AUGGGUAGCGGACAAAGGUUUCAUCUGCCAACUGCGCUGAGGAGGGGGAAAUCUACAGUUCGCACUCAAGAUUGGCAACUGGAAGGAAAAGAUUUCAAAGCACAGCAUAUCUUGGGCAUCACAGAAACGGCCUUGAACACAGCCCGGAACCAAAGCAUUAGUUCUUCUACUACCGCGAGGAUCCCUGCACUGACAUUUUCCGACACCGCUACUGAACUCGGAUCAACGGCUACACCAAUAGAAAGGCAUGAAGAUACACCAGAGCUGAAUCUGAAAGCAUCAUCCGUUUUAUUGCACGAAGAGUUCAAGAUCAAUGGAGACACUGCAAGCUCACUUCGAUCAAGACCGCUCAGGCUAUACGGGUCUAACUCUACGCUCAACUCAUACUACGAUGCCCAGAAGACCCCACUUGCCAUUUCACAACAGACCUCGGAUUCUUCAAGACGAGACUUUGCAUUAAGAAAGGGAUCGCCCGUUGUCGUCAACGUCAAGCCUCCUACUGAGAAAGGCUCUCCAUUACGUUUCUUCAGGUCAUCGAAGAGCCGGGAAGGGCAUGAACCCAGAAAACUUACCAAGUCGAGUCCUCCACCGUCCGAUCAAUACCUUCCACUGACACCCAAAAGUCAGCGAUCAUGCGGCUCAACCCGUAAUCGAAAUGCUGCCAUUCCUGACAUUCCUUCGCACACCAGCAUGCCUGACGCUUCAUCUAAAGCAGUCAAGGGGGUUCACUUCUAUCCGCUAAGUUCAAGACAGUCGGUCACCGCCAAGGAAAUCCAGCAACUCAAACCAUCACCAGUGAAGGCCGAAGUCCCGCAUAUCAAAGUCAAUAUCAGGAGGCCUAGGGCUGGCGCGAAGCAUUGGUUCGAUGGGCUCGAGGGUGACAGUAGUGAAGAGGGAAGUGUUCAUGAGCCAGAAUUCCAUCAAAGUUUUGUCACGGGAAUGGAGAUGGCUUUCGAAGCAGGCAGCAUAGGAAUGAGGUCGAUACAUACGGAUAAUGGGUCUCGGCUUGUCAAAGAAGGGGCUGCCGAGAACGACAGGACUCAGAAACCUAGGAGCAUGAGCAAGCCGCCGUUGAUUCCUCCCCGCGUAUCGACCCUGAACGCGAAGUCCUCAAGAUCGACUCUCUCACAACCUGGAACCGCGCGGAGCCAAUCCAAGACCAAGGCGGGAUCACUGGCGUCGACAGAUUUGCAGCAUACCAGUAUUCUCGACCUCUCCUCUUCCGACGAUGAAGAACCCAGGUCUCAAUCCAAUCCUCGCGAGAAUUCCUUGCCCCGACUGCGUGAUAGUAUUGCAAUCGAUGUGCUCAAUGAAUCUGAAAUUGAGGUCGGGACUGCCAAGGCAAUUGAUACCAAACAGAAUUGCUCCAUGACAGCCACUCCCAGCUUGCGACGAGUCAACGGCGCUCACGCUCAUUCCAAGCGGAAAACAAGACCAUCUUCGAAACGUCAUAGCAUAGCACCAACUUACCUCAGCGAUCAGUCAUCCGAACGGUUAGUGGGCAAAAAUGACCUGCUCACCUCGUUCCCUGCCACUCCCACAGAGCCUGUGGCAUCGCAGCGCACAUCGUUCCAGAUAUCGGACACGGCGAGCAUCGAAAGUCGGAGGCUUAUGAGCGUCACCAGACAGGAAGAGUUGUUGUUAGCAGCGAUGAGAUCGAAACGAUCGGCCCUGAAUCAGCCAAGCACCAGGGCAGCCGGGCACCGAGUUCAAGCAAUGAAAAGUGAAGAAAGACCAUUGCGGCCGGCUUAUCAGGCUUAUAAAAGCCCUGUAGCUCUGGAAGUAUGCAUGUCGCAGCAGAAUAAGCGGUUCGAUCCCCCACGCAGCAAUUACCCUGAGAAGUCGUUCGACCAGGCAUCCUGCACAACAUUCCAGACAGGAGCUUCCGUGGAUCCGAGCGUGCGUCUCUCGAUUGCCAGCUAUCAAACCGACGCUUCAGUAGAGACUGAAACCGAGGUCAUGUCUCAAAUGUCAAUGCUAUCCCCGGCAUACCAUAAUAAUGGGAACCGCACCAGUCGAUCAACGUUCUUCUCGUCGUCGAGUGGAACCAACGAUUCCAUGGACCAGGCAUAUAGUCUGAAGCAGAAUGCCUAUCUGACAACCCUGGAAAAACUAAGACAGGUACCUUCUCGAGAUGAAGUCUUGUCACAAGAUUUCAUUGACUGGCCAUACCAAGGCUGGGAGGCAACGUCAAAGCUUGGCACAGCGCACUGA